AACGUCGUUUGCAACAGUCAAAAUGGCGGGCGUCUGCUAUCAGGAAAUUCCACUGCGUUAGUGAAAAUUAAUUUAUUUACCGGAAAAACUUGACAGGCUGUGAUUGUAAUCCAUCAUAUUGGGUUAUGUAUACCGCAGAAAAAAGCAUUUGAAUGUGAAAUGUUUUGGACCCUCGUGAUGGGAGCCCGUUGUUUAAACGGUGCAGCAAAAAUGUUUGAAUAAUCAAUUCUUGGUUAUUGUUUGUGUUUUCAGUUCGUCUGUUGUUCCCCGAUGGCUGGGCAAACGGAUCUGAACAGUGGUAGUGUUAGUGGAAACAGUAGCCGAGAUGACGUGCGCACUCAUUUUACAACCAGAGAGGGAGUAUACAAGUUGAUACCCUUAGCGGAAUACUCAAGGGCAAAUCGGCUAUCUGGUUAUACCACAAUUCAGAACCAGCAAGGAGCUGCACUUGGUCAAGGUUCAAACCCUCCAGUAAGGGUUACAUUUGUGUCUUUACCAUCUGAUCCAGCAGGGUUCUGUGACCGUAUAUGUUUCAACUAUGGACGAGAACUUUAUUUUUACACCUACAAAGGAACUAAAAAACCGGCUGAUUUAUCUAAGCCUGUUGAUAAAAGGAUUUAUAAAGGAACAAGCCCCACUUGCCACGAUAUCAAUAAACUGACCAUCAGCAGUGAAAGUGUUAUGCUUCUAGUUGGUUUUACUGGUGGACAAAUCCAGUUAGUAGAUCCAAUUAGGAAGGAAAUAGGAAAACUUUAUAAUGAAGAGAGAAUAAUAGAAAAAACAAAAGUAACAUGCAUCAAGUGGCUGCCUGGCUCCCCUAAUUUGUUCCUAGUUUCUCAUGUCUCGGGACAAAUGUAUCUGUAUAGUGAGGAUGUGACGUGUGGCGGGCCAGUACCUCCAACAUACCAACUUUUCAAGCAAGGAGCUGGGUUUUCGGUCUGGACUUGCAAAGCCAAAAGCACCCGGAAUCCCAUUUACAGGUGGGUGAUUGGAAAUGGCGCCAUCAACGACUUUGCCUUCUCCCCUUGCUCGAAAUAUCUGGCCAUAGUGUCGCAGGACGGCUGCCUAAGGGUUCUCAAUUAUGAUGCCAUGGAACUCGUCGGUCUUGCAACGUCCUUCUUCGGUGGCCUACUUUGCGUCUGUUGGUCUCCUGAUGGGCAGCUAGUGGUUGCUGGCGGAGAGGAUGACUUGGUGACCGUAUGGUCGUUCCAACAAAAGAGAAUCGUGGCUCGAGGACAGGGUCAUCGAUCUUGGAUAACAGUGGUUGCAUUUGAUCCUUUCACCACCUUGUAUUCAUCUCAAAACUCGUCUUCCAAGUCUUCGAAGGAAGGAGCAGAUACGGUCUCGUCUAAUGGAAUAGGCGGAUGCGAGGACGACCUAGAGAACGAAAAGCGUGAUAUUGCUACCUGUUACCGUCUAGGAUCUAUAGCCAUGGACACGCAACUAUGUCUUUGGGAGUUGACGGACGACGUCCUGAAACAGCCUUACGGUUCCAGGAGCCGAGCUUCAAUGGUCUCAGGACCAGGAUCGCCCCCUACUAGUCUGAAAUUCGCUGGCCAGACGCCUACUUCAGGCGAUAGAAACAGCAGUAAUAUUUUGACGGUAGCGCCCAUUAACGCCACCAUUGCCACCUCGAUCGUAUCUAAUAGUACUGCCGCCACACCGGUCAACACCGCAGGAUCUCUUACUCAGCGGUUAGCGAGUUUGACAUUUUCAGAGAGGAAGGCUGGGCAAGACCUGGACUUGAAAUCUCACCGUAAAAACUUUAGCCUUGGAAGCGGCAAGAAUUCUUCAGAAAAAUCGACGGCCAACUCUUCGGCUUUCAAAUCCACUUCAUCUGCGCCCUCUUCCUCUUCGGUCCAGUCCCAAUCUUUGGUGACGGGGUGUGCCGAUCCGCUCCGGUUGAUCGGUACACAAGCCUGCCCUCGGCUGGACGAGAUUCCCAUGCUGGAGCCACUCGUUUGUAAGAAGGUGUCUCACGAGCGGCUGACGGCGCUCAUCUUCCGUGAGGAUUGCCUCAUUACCGCCUGCCAAGAUGGCAUCGUCUGUACCUGGGCUCGGCCGAUGGGUCCAUCUCCACACCACACUUCCAACAGCACACCUACUAAUGAAGGCACGAUGGUCUGAUGAUGAAAAAAAUAAUCCAUUCGUUUCCUUUAACCUUGCAAUUAGAAGCCGACGACAAUUAUCAUGCCCUGUCAAAAUUAUUCUUCAUUAACCCCAAUAGGAAAUCACGAGCCACACCACGGGCUGACCUACUCUCCUCCCUUUUUCCCUCCAGUGAAAAUCUUUUUUGUUUUAUCCGCCUUUCCUCGCUGCGCGUCCAUCAUCAGGCUUAUUUGGUUUCAUUUCUUUAACGUGUAAAAAAAAAAAUAUAAAGAUGAAACGGCCUCGUUUAUGGUUUGGUUUCCCCGCCUGACGAGGAGGGUUCCGGAUCUAACGGCAUUUUUUUUUUGUUUUUUGUUAUUUGUUGCAAUUCACCACCUUUGUGCAUUUUCUCCCCUUCUUCUCCAUGUACCUACAGGGUAUGAGAUGCUGUCACGUGACCUAGAACUCCCGGCGACGACGAUGAUGACCAUUUGUUAAAACAAAAAAUUAUUUCACUUCAUUCUUAUCCCUUCAGCUUGCCUAUCCAGACAAUUUUCUUUUCGUACACGUUCAUCUCGUAUCGAGAGAUGAUGGUUUUGUUGUUCGAUUUUUUGUUUAUUUGUUCUUUUGUUUUACGAGCGUGGUACCGAAUUGUAUUCUCGUCGGAACGGAAUGGACGACGAUGUUUUUGAAUGAAGAAGAGAGAUCAACCACCCACCCCUCCCACUUGUUCCGUAUACAUAGAAUGUUGUAACAUAGACAUUGAAAAAAGUUGAUUUAUGGAUUUAUCACUGAAAUACAACUAAAUGAAGUUGUUGUUUUUUGGA